CAUGCAUACAAAAACCACAAUAACACACACAAUCUCAGAUCCUUCAUCUCCAAAUUAAGAUCCAAAUCUCAAUCUCACACCAAAAGAGUCCCAACACACAUCUCAAAAACCAUCCUCAACUAUAAACACACUCAGAUAAUACCCCAAUUACAUAUUCCGACCCACCAAACAAUCCCUCCCGAUUUCAACCAAAAGCACCGAUUUUUAACACCAAAAUGCAUCGAAACCCAAAACCCAGACGCUGAUUUGAACAGAUCCAACUUGCUUCCAAAAUGGGUCACGUGAACCUCCCUGCUUCAAAGCGUAGCAGCAGCACCUUCAUCAACAUCAACCCACGUCAAUGGCGGCUAUUGGACCUUAUCUCCGCAGCGUUCUUCGGGCUCGUGUUCCUCUUCUUCCUCCUCGUCUUCUCGCCUCUCGGCGAUUCCCUUGCCGCCUCCGGCCGCCAAACGCUGGUUCACUCCGCCUCCGAUCCGCGGCAGCGCAACCUCCUCGUGGCGGCGAUCGAGGCGGGGCAGCAGCAGAUCAUUGAGGCGUGCUCCGCCGAAGAAGUGGACCACAUGCCGUGUGAGGAUCCGAGGCUGAACAGCCAGCUGAGUAGAGAGAUGAAUUAUUACAGAGAGAGGCAUUGCCCUCCACCGGAGAACACUCCCCUUUGUCUCAUUCCACCGCCCAAUGGCUACAAGAUUUCGGUUCAGUGGCCUGAAAGCUUGCUCAAGAUAUGGCACAGCAACAUGCCACACAACAAGAUUGCUGAUAGGAAAGGUCACCAGGGAUGGAUGAAACGUGAGGGUCCACACUUUAUAUUCCCUGGAGGUGGCACAAUGUUUCCAGAUGGAGCGGUGCAGUAUAUUGAAAAACUCGGUCAAUACAUUCCAAUGAAUGGUGGUGUUCUGAGGACUGCUCUUGAUAUGGGGUGUGGGGUUGCUAGUUUUGGAGGAUAUUUACUAGCUCAAAACAUCUUAACCAUGUCUUUUGCUCCAAGAGAUUCACACAAAUCACAGAUACAAUUUGCUCUGGAAAGAGGAAUACCAGCUUUUGUCGCUAUGCUUGGUACUCGCAGACUCCCAUUUCCUGCAUUUGGCUUUGACUUGAUCCAUUGCUCUCGGUGUUUAAUCCCUUUUACAGCCUACAAUGCAACUUAUUUCAUAGAAGUAGAUAGAUUACUUCGCCCUGGUGGAUAUUUAGUCAUCUCUGGUCCCCCUGUUCAGUGGCCCAAACAAGAUAAAGAAUGGUCUGAUCUCCAGGCUGUGGCAAGAGCUCUGUGUUUUGAACUGAUUGCUGUUGAUGGCAACACUGUGAUCUGGAAAAAGCCAACUGCGGAUAUGUGUCUCCCCAACCAAAAUGAAUUUGGUCUUGAGUUAUGUGAUGAUUCACAUGACCCAAGUAUUGCUUGGUACUUCAAAUUGAAGAAAUGUGUCACUAGGAUAUCUUCUGUCAAAGGAGAAUUUGCUAUUGGGAUGAUUCCCAAGUGGCCAGAAAGGCUAACUGCUCUGCCACCUAGGUCCAAGCUCAGGAAAAAUAGUGCUGAUGUAUAUGAGGCUGACACUAAGCGAUGGGUAAGGAGGGUUGCGCACUAUAAGAAUUCUCUAAAGAUAAAAUUGGGGACUCCAGCUGUACGCAAUGUCAUGGACAUGAAUGCAUUCUUUGGGGGUUUUGCGGCAGCACUAAAAUCUGAUCCUGUGUGGGUAAUGAAUGUAGUUCCAGCUCGCAAGCCGGCCACUCUUGAUGUGAUCUUUGACAGAGGCCUUAUUGGAGUCUAUCACGAUUGGUGUGAACCUUUCUCAACAUAUCCUCGUACCUAUGAUCUGAUCCACGUGACCAGCAUUGAAUCACUUAUAAAGGAUCCAGCCUCUGGCAAAAGCAGAUGUAACCUUGUUGAUUUGAUGGUGGAAAUAGAUCGAAUGCUGCGCCCAGAAGGCACAGUUGUUGUGAGGGAUAACCCUGAAGCAAUUGACAAAGUAGCUCGUAUUGCUCGUGCAGUGAGGUGGAGGCCUACCAUAUAUAGUAAAGAACCUGAAUCACAUGGCAGAGAGAAAAUCCUAGUUGCAACCAAGACCUUCUGGAAGCUCUAAUUCUCUUCCCACUAACAUAGCUGUGUAAUUUAGGUGAAAUUUCCUUCUCUCUCUUUUGAGAAUGAUGUUUUCAAAGUUAUCUUCUCUAUGCACCAAAGCGAUGCGCUUUUUUUUUUUUUUUUUUCAAUGUUUAUACAAGGAGAAAAUUAAGGUUAGGAUCUGAGAAAACGAAAAGAUGUGAACAAUUCGUGCAGUUUUAUAUGGAAAGCACAAGCUAGUGGUAGUUAUAUAUCCUCUUAGCUAUAAGGAUAACUUGUAACUCAAUGUUUUAA